GAUAAGUGGAACAAAAAUGAGUGAGUCUGAGCUCUAACACGGAACUCUUAUAGUGAUGCACAAUAACUAAGCUGAGCAUGGCGUCGGGUCAUUUGUGCAAACUACAGAGUCUCUUAACGCGAAUUUCUUACGAUACCACACUACGACAUGCACAAACAUGUUUGGUGACAAUGCGACAGAAGUCCAGUGGUCCUUCACUUGAAGGCCAUAACUGUAAUGUGGAAAUUGGUGUGACUUCAGAUGGGAAUACCAUAGUGUGCUACCAUCCAGCUGUCGACGUUCCCUAUGAGCUUACCCAGCCAAUAGAUCGACCGGACCCCCUGACCAACUCGGUUGAGUCUCACGACCAGAUUUUAAAGGCCCACCUCAGCAAGGAGGUGCUGAAGGACAAAAAGGGGCCCACUAUAGAGGAGCUGAGCAAGAUGUUUUUCACCACCAAACACAAGUGGUAUCCAUCAGGACAGUACCACAUGAGACGCAUAAAGAAGGAUACCCCAAAGGAUAGGUAGUCGAAGGCCAGCGUAACAAAACUGCAAAUGAUGUAUUAUUGUCACAAUGAUGUAUAAUAAACUGUUAAAUGACA